AUGGCAACACAUGAUGGAAAAGCCGAAUUGAAAAGCUUAAUAGUUGUUGUCCUGGUGCUAUGUCUCGGGUCAGCUAGAGCUCAGAGCGAGGAAAGGUGGCGAAGUCCAUGUGGCGUGAGCUUGGGUUCUGUAUUAGGAUUACCAGGCGGUGGUCCCCCAACAGCGACCCCUGAAGUCCUAGUGGCGGGGAUGCUUCCUGCUCUCGAAACCGCCAAGACAGCAGCAGAGUCACUGAAAGAUAAAUACAUAUCUGAGAGAUUCCCAAGGAGGGAAGUUAUUUCUCAUCUUAAUACUUUGCAAUGUGACGGAAUGCCUAAGGUUACUAUAACCUCACAAGAAAUACAAAGCUCUUUCACAAACUUAAAUCUAACGCACUUGUCGAACUACGAGAAGCUCUCUCAAGUUUUGGUUUUCUUGGAAGAAGUUAAAUUUGACGAGACAUACAUCGAUAGAAGCGUAGCAACAUACGCAGACGAUAUUCAAGAAAUUGAGAGAAGUAUUCUAAACGUGUUGUGUACGAAACAAAGACUCAUAAGAAAUUCUGGAAAUCACAUCAAUUACGUAUCCCCUAAUGUGAUGACACAAGAUGUAAGAGACACUUUGAAUGAAAGGGUCCGUCACGAACGGGAUUACCUCAUCGUCAAGGAUACUUAUCGUCUACUCCAGAGCAUGCAUCUCCACGUUACUGCAAUUGACUCUUACCUCAGCAAAAAUCAGUAG